AAGUUAUUUUUAAUUGUUUUCAGAUGGUUUACAAAAGCAACAGAUGACGUAUAAGAAAAAGACGGAAGCCGGGACAGGUUAGGAUUUUUUAGCUAGGCAGACACUUUAUACUCAGGGCCAUACUUUUACUAUUUUAUCGAACUAAAGUACGCAGGCAUUUAAAGGUGAAACAGAGAAAUGGAGGAAAUAAAGACGGAACCUGUGGAUUUUGUGAAGGAAUUUCAAGAGUACCUUACACAGCAAACUCAUCAUGUCAACAUGAUUUCAGGCUCUGUUUGUAGGGGGAAAGAGACGGCGGAGCAUUUCCGAGAUGUUCCUCCCAGGUGUGUGCAGAAUGGGCUGGAGCCUCCGGCGUCUGUGGAGGUCAGCCUGUCGGUGGUGGAUGGAUCAGAUGUGCAGAUGGAAGGACUGGAAAGGACAUGCGAAGGAAAAUACAAGUGCAGAUACUGCAGCUAUGCUAACAAAGGCAUGGGCCGUGUAAUCGAGCAUAUCCGCAUCCACACAGGAGAAAAGCCUCAUAGAUGCCAGCUGUGCCCAUUUGCGUCUGCAUAUGAGCGCCACUUGGAAGCCCAUAUGCGCUCACACACAGGAGAGAAACCAUACAAGUGUGACCUCUGCACUUUCCGAUGUAGCGACCGCAGUAACCUGUCACAUCAUCGGCGGCGGCGCCACAAGCUCCUGCCCACGAGAGCUGUCCGCUCUCCUUUUUCCAACAAGCGGAUGCUGAACACUCUGCAGAAAAGGACAGGCUCGCUGGGUUUUGGCCGGCGGCUCCUCCUCAAUUUCAACUCUCCCCCUGCGGUGAUGCCAAAAUCCGACUAUGUGAACGACUUAUCCGACAAGACUCACCAUUUGAACAGCUCUGAGAUCAACAUUCUUCCUAAAGUGGAUGAGAGUAGGGGUGCUGAUUGUUUGACUUUUAAGACCCCCCUCGACCAGUUGUCUACUCUUGCCAGCCACCUUCACGCAGAUUCUCAUACAGCCGUGUCCCCUGAUAGGGAGUCCUUAAAAGAUGAGAAACCAAUCCUUAUUCACAAUGUUUCUAGUCAACAAGAUGCAGUGGGUUUAAAUGGGGCAGAUAUGUCACCACCUACAGAAACAUGUCCCUCCUCAGCUCAGGAGAGUUGCAGUCCUGUUCCCCACCUUAGCUUGAAAGAUAACAUGGAUCCUGUUACUGAGGGAAUAUGCAGCAGUCAACCUAGCAUACCCAGUCCUACCCAGACUCCACCAGACCAGCAAUCCUCAUAUAAAUGCCAACACUGUGAAGUUUACUUUUCUGAUAAUAUACUCUACACUAUUCAUAUGGGUUGCCAUGGAUACGACCAUCCAUUUCAGUGCAACAACUGUGGUCAUAUGUGCACAGACAAAUAUGACUUUGCCUGCCAUUUUGCUCGUGGUCAGCAUAAGAAAUAAUACCCUCUGGGCCAUUUUCUACCCUUUAGGACUAUUUUUCAAGUCAUGAUGCAUUUAGUUUGACCGAUUUAGCUUGACUAAGGGAAACUCCAAAGCUCAAUUCUGAAGUGAUUGAGAUCUGGUCAGUAAUUCCUAUCAUUUUCACUGGAAACCUUAAAACAUAAAGCAGAUACUGACAGCAUUGUUUCCCCCUCAUUACUGAACUACUGAACUGUUAGCAAAAAUAUAAUUGGACAGAUAAAAGAAAUGCUCAUUUAAAAGCACCCGUGUAAAAUACAUGGCCUAAGACCCAGAUGGAUCCUGUAAAACAUUUUAAUCUGAGCCCAUCAUCAACCUCAAAACUGAGACCUUAACUGGCAUUAUGCUCGACCUAAAUGCUGAGUCGGAGUGAAGCAUCAUAUUUAUCCAAGAGGAAAUGCCUUUAUCUUCCAAAUAAAAGAAAACAAUUCUUUUAUAAAAAGUGAGCAGCUCAAAUUUGAUCAAUUUAUGAAUUUGAUUUAAAUUGAUGUGGUUAAUUUAACCCUAUGAUUUCCUGCAACAUUCCCCUUUGUUUCAUAAACUGUUGUCGUUCAGCUCCCUGGAAAGGAUUUUAAAAAAAAGGGGACAAAGUGUCUCUCUUUAAUAAACCACGCCUACAAUUUUACAUCUUCGAUCUAGUAUCUAAACCUGAUCCAAAGCCUAAACACUGUAAUAAAACCUCAAUAGUUUUAAUGAAUUUUUCACAACCUCUACUGUGGAAAGCAAGUUUUGUUCACAAUGUGUAAUGUUUUUGUAUACACUUUGUCCUAAAACCAUUAUGAUAUCUGCUGAGUUUCAAGAGAUACGUUGGUACAAAAAAGAUUUGAUUAAAGCUACACUGCCAGUAUUAAACAAUGA